AUGAGAAAAUUUUGGUCGCACCUAAAAACUUCUGUGCUUCGCCUGACUUUUCCUCAUACAUGCGAAGUGACUCAACGGUUUCCGUGGGUUGGAUAUUAUACUAGUCGUGAUGAUUGGAACACUCCAUUCACCACAGCUCAAAGCACUUCAAUCGAGCCUAUAAUAACUGCUCGUGAACCUGAAUCGUUAACUAGCAAAAUCAACCAAGAACCACCAACAAAUAGUAUCGUUCAAGACACUUCAAUCAUCACAGCUCAAGAUACCAUGGUUCAAGACACACCAACUGCUUGA